AAGUAGGAUAAAUCCAAAUGUUCAUGAAUGAUGCAUGUCAUGACUCAUGACUCAUGACUCUCUCUGUGUGUCUGUGAAAAUACACACACACAUAUAUAUAUAAAUAUAAAAGCUGUGUAUGCAUGUUCUUUAUUUUAUUACAUGAACAUGAACAACAGUUAAAAACUUAAACUAUCACGGGUUGGAUUUCUUGUUCUUGAGUAGUCUUGAGGAAGUUAUUUGAUCUUGUCUUUUUUUAAUCUUUUCCUGGUUUAACAUUCAUGCACAGCCCACUUCAUCAAUAACUUAUGUGUUUAUAGUUUGUGUGUGUGUGUAUAUUGUUUAUCACUUUGUUCCUUUUCUCUUUUGGGUUUGAGCUUUCAUGCUUUAGGUACUUGGAAUUCUCUUCUGUGUUUCUUUCCUUCAGGAAGAAUAAAGAUAGUCUAGGAGUAGUGGCUUAUAAAGAAAGUACUGACAGUGGCAGAGAAUUCUUCACUUCUUUUUUCCUCUUUUUAAAGAGUUUUAUGUGGUGGCGGUGGUGGUGAGUGGCGGCGAUGGAGAGACUGUACGGCGGCGGCGGCGGCGGUGGUGGUGCAGGUGGGAGUGGUGGGGUGGUGAUGACCAGAGACCCAAAGCCACGGCUGAGGUGGACGGCUGAUUUGCAUGAUCGUUUUGUUGAUGCUGUUACUAAGCUUGGUGGCCCUGACAAGGCUACUCCUAAAUCAGUACUGAGGGUAAUGGGGUUGAAGGGCUUGACACUGUAUCAUUUGAAGAGUCAUUUACAGAAGUAUAGACUUGGACAGCAGCAGGCCAAGAAACAGAAUGCUUUUGAACAUAGUAAAGAGCAUAGCGAAAAUUCCUAUGGACAUCACAACAUGCAUGCAUCAAGCACGAGCGCUAACUCAUCGAGCAUGAACGGUGAACAAGGAGAAAUUCCCAUUGCUGAAGCACUUAGGUGUCAGAUUGAAGUGCAGAAAAGACUACAAGAACAGCUUGAGGUGCAGAAGAAGCUGCAAAUGAGAAUAGAAGCCCAAGGGAAAUACUUGCAAGCAAUACUAGAAAAAGCUCAACAGAGCCUUUCAGCCGGCAUGAACCACCCUGAAAGCCUGGAAUCAACGAAAGCUCAGUUAACGGACUUCAACUUGGCGUUAUCGAGUUUCAUGCAGACCAUAAAUGGAGACGAGAGAAAUGGAAAUGUUACAGAUAGGGCCAUACUGCAAAAUAUCGACGGAAAGGUGCACGAGUCAAAUUACAAUGCGGAGGCACAAGAAAUACAAGACAUCAAGCUUAAGCUCGAAGGGCCUUCCGUAGAUUUUGAUUUAAAUACCAGAAGUAGCUACGACUUCAUUGGCGUAAACGGAUCGGUAUUUGAAGCAAAACCACUCACAAAUAGAUGAGAUUGUUUGUUGAAAUAUAGUGUUGUCGACCUCUAAUACAAAUAUAUGUACUGCUGCUGCAUGCAUUAGACUCUUAACUUACUCUACAGUUGGAAUCAUCGAUAGAUGAAUUAGCGAAUCAAGAUAAAAUUCUGUUCCUUUGCCUCUUGGUGUGGAUCGUAUUGAUUUCCUUUUCUCAAAUACUAUACCUAUUCAUGCUACAAAAGAAAUUCCCAGAGAACUUUCACGUUCUUAUUUGAAAUUAUUGACACACUGACAUCCACAGUUGCACCAAACUUUUCCCAGUAUAAAGAUGCAACAACAAUUGGCGAAACGAACAUUUAUGACAAUCAAGUCACUUUGUUCAUCACCAAGACAAUAGUUUGCAGAUAGUACUGCAGUAUACAUAAUAAGUAGAAACUUAGGUGCAUGAAUUUCAGAAAUCAAGGUAGCGGUUCAAGUAUUCGUGCAUGCGCGUGUACUCAACUUCCGGAUAAAGCUUUGAAGCUUCCUCCCCAUUUUCCCCUAUUUCAAAGUUCGUCAAGCAGCCCUCGUAGAAAAUGUGGUAGAAAUGGCCUAUUCCGACUUGCUCAGCAAAGUCGGCUCCU